GAGAGAGAGAGAGAGAGAGAGUGUGUGUGUGUGUCAAUCCAUCGAUUCUACACUCUACACUGCUGGGCUGUUGAUGUUGUAGGAGCUCGCCUCUGCUAUGCUUGCCAUUAGGCCGCCUGCCUCCGUCGCAGCUUCUCUUUCCCGGCCCUUUCGAGGCGGGGUGUCUUCCAAGCUCAGGCUGAACCCCGUCGCCUUAUGUCAUCAUCGAUUCAAAUCCCGUUCGACCUUCCUCACAUCCUUCCUCGGGGAGCAACACGUCGAACCUAAGACCCCUCCGCGCAAAGUGGAGUCUCCUCUCAGAAACGAUACGGACACUCCUGUCGUCGACUGCCAGAUUGAAGAUAAACCCGACCAAUCCUUCCCCGGGGCGCAGUCCGUCGAAGACACGACCCACUUCCGCGAAAUGCAUCCUUUCGGAAAUAAUGCCCAUGGCGCCAGUAGCCAGAUGAAUUUUGGACUCAACCCGAAUGCGGAGCCAUGGAGACCAUAUCAGGAUCGUUGGAGAGUGACAGAAGGGCACCAUGGAGGUGCAGGGGAAACGGGUGGGGUGAUUGCCGAGGAUAAGAAGCAGAAACAGGAUCAGGCAAGGUUAUCAGACGCAAGCCUAGCUAAGAAGGUUCGCGCUGAUGAACGGAAGGCAAGGAAGAAAGCGAAAAAGGCGGCAUCUCGGGAAGCAGCUGCUGUACAGGCUGCCGAGAAAAAGCACAUUCCUGAACCCCCAGCGCAUAAGUCAAGGAGGGCGGCGCCUAUACCAAAGAAAGCAUAUCUGGACCAGGCAGCUGGCAAGCCUCAGCCAAUUCGCCAGCGGCAGCCUUUACUCAUCGUUCUCGACCUGAACGGCACGCUUAUUCACCGGUAUCGGAAAGGCGUCCCGCUCCGCUUCGUUUCAAGGCCGGGACUGGAUGAAUUCCUGGACAGGUUGCUGAAGGAAUACCGGGUCCUGGUAUGGUCGAGUGCCAGACCCUUGAACGUCAAAGGUAUCUGCGACACGGUCUUCAGCAAGGCCCAAAGGGAACAGCUACUCGGGGAAUGGGGCCGGGACGAGUUAGCCCUGGCACCCGAGCUUUACAAUGCCAAUGUGCAGGUUUACAAAACCCUCGACACCGUCUGGGAGAACCAACCCAUUCAAUGGUCAUACAGACCGUUUCCGAUCAGACGCCGCCGUGAACACGAGGAAGAGGAUGACAAUGAUUCAGGAGACGCAAACACUCAAGCCGCCAAGGCUGACGCGGGCGCGGCCACCGAGGACGCAGUGCAGGCCUUCAUGAAGAGCGGCAAACUUGCAGACCAAAUCAAGAUCUGCUGGGAUCAAACUAACACCAUCCUCCUCGACGACAGCAAGCUCAAGGCCACCUCCGAACCGUACAACGUGAUCGAGAUCCCCACGUUCACACGAAACACCCGCCCCGAUGCCGAUGAGCGAAACAUCCUGACCAAAGUCCUGGAUCUCCUGGAAAUCCUAUCCAGCCACGAGGACGUCAGCACGGUACUCCACAAGUGGGACAUGACCGUAGCCAACAACCCAAAGAUGAGUAGCAUAUUCGAUAUCGGGAAUGAAGCUCUCGAGGAAGCUCAACAACCCGAUCCCACCGCGAACGUUCCCAGCCUCAUCCGCCGCGUGCACAACCUGAGGCCCGAAGAAAAAGCUUCGCUGCCGGCAUUAAACCGCGAACAAAAUGCCAAGAAUGGCAAACGCAAGAGGAAGGCUGCUCGUCGAGCCGCCGAGGAAGCGGCGAAGGCUGCAAAGGCUGCUUCUGCUUCCGAGGGAACGAGAACGCCUGCCACUGCUACUAGUACCACGCAUGGUGCUCCUGCAGUUGCAGUCGCAUCCGCAUCAGCAUCAGCAUCACCACACCUCCCUACCUCUCCCGCGGGCGGCGCAUCACUCCUCCUUCCAGAGCGGAAUAAACAAGAACAUGAACAAGAACAUACCACCACCACCACUUCAAAUACAGAUACCCCAACCAAUCGCCCCUCCUCACCUGCCUCGUCCGUGCAAUCUGAGAACUUCCUUCUAGAUGAGCUGGAGAAGUCUCUUUACAACUAACCAACCAACCAAUUGAUUCUGUCUGAGUUGGUCUGCUCUCUGAUUUAUCAACUAGUAUCGGUUUGGGAAUUUCUUUACAUAUCAUGUCAUACGGAGUACCAUCAUACCAUAUUUUGCAUACCUUGCAUACUUUGCAUACCAUACGCGUCAUUCAAUCCCCUACUUACAUUAACUACCUCCCUACUUUAGACCAUUUUUUUUCUCCAUGAUGCUUGGUUGGUUCUUGGUUUGUAGAUACUGUUUGGCCGUGUUUGGUGCAGUUGUGGGCGGGGAGGGGGUUCUUUUAGGAAUUGAGGGAGUUGAGGAGUUAAAGUCUAAAGAGGAAUGAGGACGGAG